AUGGCCUUCGUGUCUGCUUCGCGCAAAAUCGUGAUCCUGGGACUGGUAUUCACAUUCAUCGUUCUCUUGAUCAGCGGCGCUGCUUACAGGCAUCCGGACAAAUUCGAUAUCUCCCACGUGAAUGACCGAGUCCAUGAGAUCCUCCAUCCGAUUGUCGAUGAGUCCAAGGACGAGCCCGAAGCGAAGGAGCAGCUGAUUCCGACGCCGGUCCCUGAGCCUCACGACGAACCAGUAGUGGAGGAGCCGAGUUCGAAGCCAGUGGAGGAGCCGAGUUCGAAGCCAGCGGAGGAGCCGAGUUCGAAGCCAGCGGAGGAGCCGAGUUCGAAGCCAGUGGAGGAGCCGGGUUCGAAGCCAGAGGAGGAGCCGAGUUCGACGCCAGAGCCUAAGCCAACUCGUCUUCCGGAAUAUGUAGCUGGACUCAACCAGGUCGGCAAACACGUCCACGUCCGCCCCAGCCCACCCACGCCCAAAGAUCAAGGUUUCGCUGGGUGCAACUAUCCCAUCGUGAUUCACGUUUCACCGGAUGCUCACUGUACCGGUGUCCUGGCUCUGUACGGCUCUGUGGUGCGCAACGUCCUCCUUCAGCCCGAGAAGCUGAAAGGGCACACUUGCGUGCACGUGACAUUUGCCGACCCAAAUUUGGAGACCAUAGAAGAAAUGUAUCGUUGGGUCCCUCAGAAGAAUCCGUAUACGCACGUCCAUGACUGCGCCCUGCUCGAUACCACGCCAGCCCUGAACGAUGUCGUUCCCAUCCGGUUCCAAGCCCUCCCCGUCAUCGAGAAACCCAAGAUCAUGCAAGCCGGCCUGGCGACUUGGGCCGUCGCGCUCAACAAAGUGCACUCCUGGGGCCUCGACCUGUACCCGCAGAUCCUGAUCCUCGACGCCGACUCGUUCAUCAUCACCGAUCUCGACAAGAUCUUUGACGAGUCGUCCUCCGAAGCCACCAUCUCCGCUGCUCCGGAUCAGUUCAAAAACUGUGGUGACCGGGGCCGGAUCAACGGCGGCAUGAUACUACUGCGUCCGUCGCGAUACUUCCACAUCUCCGCACUCGAGCUCGUCUACGACGAAGCCGGCUCGUGCGCGUCGGGAAAGUGGCAACAGAGCGAGCAAGAGCUGCUCAACUGCAUCUGUGGCGCGCAGGGUCCCGCCAGAGGAAGCCGGCCCGAGUUUACCUGCAACAUCAUGCCGCUGUACAAUUCGGUCUGGCCGCGCAACUUCGGGUGCUCGGCAGCGAACGUGGUGCCCAUCAGAAGCAUCCACAUCACGGCGAAUACGAAGCCGUGGCUGGUAGACGACAACCGGCUGCACGAGCGAUUCGACUACGCCUUUUGGGGAUGUUUGCGGGAUGCGAGUCGGAACAAUGACGUUGCGGCUUUGCAGAAAUGUGACGUUCCGCCUUUAGAGGAGACGAGACUGGUCACGAAUGAGCUACCGCCCAGUGGUGUUUAG